AUGGAAGAAGUCGCAGACAAAGUUGGCGAGGCAGCACCUGCUCUCGACUCAGCAGUGGCUGCAGAACAGGAUCCCAACUCCUCUGUCUCCCCCGCUUCCAACGACUUCAUCUCCUGCUGGAUCUGUCUCGGCACCUCCAACGACCCCCCGCCCGACGGCUCUUCUUCCCACAACUGGCGGCAUCCAUGCAAAUGCUCUCUUGUAGCGCACGAGUCUUGCCUGCUAACCUGGAUCGAGCCGAACCAAGACUUCAAAGAGUGCCCGCAAUGUCGCGCGCCCAUCGCGCCGAUCGAGCCCCCCGUGCCGCCGACGCUGCGUCUGCAGCAGAGUCUGCGCGCGAUCGCAAAGUUCUCGCUCAUCACGGGCUUCAGCUUCGGUCUUGUGCGGCCGAUCUCGGCGGUCGUGUUUCGCAACUUUUACGCGCUCGGCGCGGUCUCGAUCCUGAGCACGUUCUCGCCCGAGGAGAGUAUCGCGCUGCUGGCGCUCGAUCAGGUGCAGCCGUCGAAAAAGGCGUUUUUCUAUCAGAACUUUGUGAGGUAUCUGAGGUCCGACAAGACCUGGCGGCAGGCGUCGAUUACGGGCUUGAAAGUUUUGAGUCGGUUUGCGGAUUUAGAUCGUACUGUCUCGCCUAUUGAUAGUUUCCGAAUGCUCACGAUUGCAACGAUCCCGUUUGCGCUUGUAUGCUCGCGCACAUAUCUAAGCCAAGCAAGUCUAGCGAUGAUCAGCUCCGUCGUGCUUCCGCUCGCAAGCCUGCCCUUUGACGAGAAGCGCGGCUACAGCAUCGGCCGCAGCCUGCACCUGUCGACGAUCUCGGCGCUGCUAUUACUUCCGGUGGCCGCGAUCGGGUAUGAGUCGCUGUACAACAAGCACGUUGUGCCGCGCAUGCUGUGGUGGAAGCAGCAGGCGGAUCUGUAUAGUUACCGGCAGCAGCAACUUCCGCCGGUGGAGGCAGACGGGCCUGUUGAGGAAGACGGCGGGGAAGACGGGGCAGAGGACGAGGUUGCUGAGGUAGAGAAUGAAGACAGAGAGGGGACUGAGCUGACGGCUGCGCUCGAGCAAUUGGAGGAGGUGAGUUGGGCGGUGCAGGGGGUGGCGGAGGAGAUGCCGGUUGCGAGAGAGAGCGGGGUGUUUGACGAGAUACAGAAUAAUAUUGGGGCAUUGAUGGGGGAAAUCCGGGAGUUGGAGGUGGAUUAUAAUAUGCACAGACGGCUCCAAGCGAUCAUGGGUAGGGGACCGCAGCCGCGGCAGGAACAGAGACAGCAACCGGAAGAAGGUGAAGGUGAUGAAGAUGGAUGGGUUGACGACGACGGAGAGGAAGAGGAAGAUAAUGAGGUGGAAGAAGAUCGAGUUCAAGAGGAACACCAAGUUGAAGAAGAAAUAAUUGAGCAGCCACAACCGCUGAUCGAAGAAAUUCAACCAGUCCAAGAAGAGGAAGCAGCAGCAGGGGAAGGUGCAGCACAAGACGCGAUGGGUAUAGCUAUCAACGCCGACCUGGGUGCGUUAGGCGGAAUGGCGAUGUGGAAAUUCAAGGGCGCGUCUAACGUGUUCAACGGACGGGAUAUGUUGGUGACCAUGCUUGGAGCGCUUGGGUUUCCGGUCGUCAGCGGUUUGACGGGAGAUGCGAUGGUGUCGUUACUUCCAAAGGCGAUGCUGAAGCAUAUGCCGAAACGCUUCGUCCGCAGUCUUCUCAGCGGUAUACUUGUCCUGCUCGCAAACAACGCGUUUGAGAUGUACUGUGCGUAUUUGAAGGCGCAGAAGCCGAAGAUGAGACGGAUUAGAGACUGCGUGAAGGCGAAGUAG